CCAGAUUUGAGUGUUUGUCGGGAGAGAGAGAGAGAGCGAGAUCGUUGUACAUGGUACAAAUUGGAUAAGUGUCGACUUCCCAAAAGAAAAAAACAUUUCUUUGAGGGAUGCUGCUGCGGGGCCUACAUCGACUGAUUGCCAUCUGCCUGCCCAAAACUGUGGUACCCUGUGUUGUAUGGGCUUCCACAGGUGCAGCUUGUUGCCAGACACCAGGUCCCUCCAAACCCAAGAAAAGGUUCACACCCCGUCGUGCUGUGCUGUAUGUGCCAGGCAAUGAUCAGAGGAAGUUGGAAAAGAUCCCUACACUUGGGGCUGACUGCAUCGUGAUGGACUGUGAAGAUGGGGUUGCCGCUAACAGAAAAGUCGAAGCCCGUGAAACAAUAGCAGACAUGAUAGACAGGUUGGACUUUGGGCGUUCAGAGCGGGUGGUGCGGGUGAAUGCUGUGGGCUCUGGGCUGAUGGAGGAAGACAUGCGGGUUGUGUUCCGGGCUUGCACCCUCCCGGACACCAUCAUGGUGCCAAAGGUCAACAGUACAGCCGACCUUGCGUCUAUAAUACACAACCUUAAGUCCACUCUGAAGGAACGUGAUUUAGCACACAAGCUUUCCCUGGUUCUAUUCAUCGAGAGUGCCCUCGGACUCAUGAAUCUCCGCGAGAUAUGUGAGAGAGCAACUGAGCUGUCACUACGGUCAAAUGUCUUUGAAGUGGAUGGUCUUGUGUUUGGAUCUGAUGAUUUUUGUGCCGAUAUUGGUGCAAAGAGGUCAGUUGAUGGUAGUGAGCUAUUGUAUGCAAGACAAAAGAUGGUCACAGUGGCCAAGGCCUUCAGAUUGCAGGUGAUUGACAUGGUGCAUAUUGACUACAAAGAUCUGGAAGGUCUGCGGGUGCAGUCGUUGCGCGGUGCAGAGAUGGGGUUCACAGGUAAGCAGGUGAUCCACCCGGGCCAGGUGGGCGUGGUCCAGGAGGCCUUCAGCCCCGCCCCCCAGCAGGUGGAGUGGGCCACCAGUCUCAUAGAGGCCUUUAACACACACCAGGCGUCAGGGCAGGGGGCAUUCACAUUUCGAGGUCACAUGAUUGACAUGCCACUUCUGCUGCAGGCAAAGAACAUUGUCCAAUUAGCAGAGGCCAUCAAGAUCACAUGAGGCAAAAUCAACCAAUCAGAAGUGUGCAUUUUUUCAAAUUUAACAGUGAGGUUGGACCAAUAAAAAACGUGGAUUUCAAAUAAAUAAUCAGCCUCAACAAAUCAGAAUUGUAAAUUUUAAAUAUAACCAAACGACUGAACCAAUUGCAAGUGUGGAUUUCAAAUAAAAUAUAACAGAUGGCUGAAACAAUGAGACGCAUGCCUUUCAACAGUAACAUGUGCAUCAGUAAUGGGCCAGCACAACAUGUAUUUCAGGACCAAUUUGACUGACAUUCGGGAUGAGACAAAAAUCACUGUGGAAGCUGCUUGUGUCACUGGGUUCAUACAUUUCAAUGCUACAAAUGUUUUGAAUAUUACAAAUGUUAUAGUUUCUGAAUAAGAACUGAUGGUAACAUACAUUUAUAUGAGCCUGGCUCAGACAAAACAGGGCUUAAUACAUGUGCACAACAUGGGGUCCCACAUUAGCCUGUGCAGCCACUACAGGCUAAUCAGGGACAAUUGAACUUUCCCUAUGAAGAGACUGCAUUUCAGUAAAAAUUAUCAUUCAACCGGAUAGUGUUAUUCCUGAUUAGCCUGUGCAGACUACACAGGCUAAUAUCGGACAAUACUAUACACACAAGCAUUAAGCCCUGAUUUCACAGAGCAAGGCUCGUAUGUUUAAUCAUGAACUUCGGUAAUUAUAUUACAUUUUACAGGUGUAUUUGCACAUAUAUAACAGCAAAUUUGUUGGAUUUCAUAAAUUUAUUAGAUAGUAAAUUUAGAUAGCGAAAAAAUCAUUGUCAAAACAAGUGCUGUAAUAAAGAAGUGACUGUAUAAAAUACAGAAAACCUUAAAGUUGUUACAACAUUAAUUGCAAUGUUAAUUCAAGGUACAUCACUUUAUUGGCACUCACAGUUCAGAUAACAACACUAUGUUAAGAGUUUUAAAUUCAUACUUUGAAAGUUUUUAACAAUCCCAAACCCAUACAUGGUGGAAGUUACAUUAGACUUCCACCAGUUAUUACUGUUAUCUUGCAUUCUUUUCCCAUGGCCAUCUCCACCUAUAUCCAAAUGGCACUUAUAUUUUGUAAAAUACCACAACAACCAAUAGGAAAAAAGAUUUGUGUACUACCAGUAGUACAAUUGUUAAUAACAUGUAUUUCAGUGCUAUAAAAGUUGAAAACUUUCACAGACUUAAAACAAACCUACAUACAAAAUAUAAUAAUCUUUAUAAAUAUUUAUGAAAAAAAAACAUAUUAACAUAUGAAUGUUAUCAAGUAUUAUACCAUUUAUAUUAAACAGUAUUCAGGCGAUUUCAGAGCCACUUGGCUACUAUAUUUAUAAUGAAUUAUUCCAUUCUAUUAAUAUUUAAACCAACUGUGUAAAAAUUCAAUUGAUUAAUAAAAACCCACCCAAAGUACAUACAUGUUUUCAAAGAGAUACCAAACUUACAGACUUUUCACUGCACUAUAUUAUAAAAUUCAAUUUAAGAUUAAAGCAGCUGCAUUAACAAAAAGCACAUUCAGUGCAACCGAUUUCACAAUAAUUUUACAGAGUCGGUGACAUUGACAUUGUCAAAAUAAGAAUGCAAUUUCUUGGCAUAUGAUAUUUUGUUUGUUUGGCGAGUUGUUUACACUUUUGAUUUGCGUGGCAGUUGUUUUUAAAUUGGAUUAAUAUUCAUAAAUGGAGAAAAAGCACUUGUGCGGCCCAUAGAU